GUACGAGUUGGUUAAAAUGUUCAUUGAGUUGGAAAGGCCACCAAUUUUAUAUUGCCCGACCUAAAGAUGGCCGACGGUGCGUUCGUUUCGUCACAGAAAGGAGCCGUGGUCACAUGACUCGGAAGCCCCUGCACCAAGCACGUGACUGUGACAGAGAGGAGGCCCGGGUAGGCAGAGCACAUCCAGGUCACCCUGGGGCUCCCCCUGUAUUUGGCCAUGAGUGUACAGGCAUUUCGGCUGGUGUGUGCAUCAGAAAGGGAGCAGCUUCCUCUAGGAAUUAACAUAGAGUGCUUGGAAUGCUCUGGCCAUGAUCUGUACCUUGGCACCAAUGACUGUGUUAUUUACCAUCUUCUGCUAGUGGAACAGCAGCUCUCUGAGCCCAUGGGACUAUCUUUAGCUCAGCAAACUGAUCAGCUCUACACCAGCUUUACCACUACUCUUCAAGGGCAGAGACAACUGGGACUAAAGAAGCCCAUUUGUGAACUAAGAGCUGCUUCAGCCUUGAGCAGGCUGCUGGUACUAUGUGAUAAUACUAUCAGUAUACUGUGCAGCGAGUCGCUUGAACCCCUUCCAGGAUCCAAAAUUCGGGGAGUUCUCACCUUUACCCUCAAUGAGAACCCUGUGAAUGGGGAUCCGUUUUGUGUGGAGCUCUGCCUAAUCUCCUCCAAAAAACGCACAGUUCAGAUCUUCAGCGUGGGACAGGAACGAGUACAAUUGAUACGGGAGGUUGCCACUCCAGAACAGGCCUGUGUGGUAGCAGCUGAUGGGCACUAUCUAUGCUUGGCACUCAGCAGCCGUUACAUAACCCUUAAUUAUAAUACAGGACAUUGCCAGGACCUUUUCCCUUAUCCAAGUGACCAGAAAAAACCAAUUGUAAAGUGGAUCAGUAGGCAAGAGUUUCUUCUGGCUGGACCUAGCGGAUUAGGCAUGUUUGCAACAGUUGCUGGAAUCACUCAACGUGCCCCUGUCCGCUGGUCGGACAAUGUGCUUGGCGCUGCUAUUUCUUUUCCAUAUGUUCUGGCUUUGGAUGAAGAGUUUAUUACCGUGCACAGUAUACUGGAUCAGCAGAAAAAGCAAACCCUGCCAUUCAAAGAAGGCGUUAUCCUGCAGGACUUUGAAGGAAGGGUCAUUGUGGCAUCCUGUAAUGCGGUGUAUGUUUUAAUUCCCCUGCCUUUGGAAAAACAAAUCCAGGACCUGCUUUCAAGCCAGCGAGUAGAUGAAGCUUUAAUGUUGGCCAAGGGUGCUCGGAGAAACAUUCCAAAAGAGAAAUUUCAGGUUAUGUACAGAAGAAUCCUGCAGCAGGCUGGCUUUAUACAGUUUGCUAAGCUUCAGUUUCUCGAAGCAAAAGAGUUAUUUCGAAGCAGCCAGCUUGACAUACGGGAACUGAUCUCUCUUUACCCUCUCAUGCUGCCAUCGUCCUCCCCGUUUAUCCGCACACAUCCCCCUUUGCAUGAGUAUGCUGACCUCAACCAGCUGACUCGAGGAGAUCAGGAAAAAGUGACCAAGUGCAAGCGCUUCUUAAUGAGUUAUCUGAGUGAAAUUCGCAGCACCGAAGUAGCAAAUGGUUACCAGGAAGAUGUGGACACAGCUUUGCUGAAACUGUAUGCAGAGGCAGACCAUGAAAGCUUGUUGGAUCUACUGGUCUCAGAAAAUGCAUGUGAACUGUCUGAUAGUGCUUCCUGGCUGGAGAAGCACAAAAAAUACUUUGCACUUGGUCUUUUAUAUCACUACAAUAAGCAGGAUGCAGCUGCACUACAGAUAUGGGUAAAAAUUAUUAACGGGGACCUGGAAGACAGCACACGGCCAGAUCUGUUUGAAUACGUUGUAGACUUCCUAACAUUCUCCAGAGACCAGCAUCUUGUGUGGCAGUAUGCAGAUUGGGUUUUGCAGAAAAGUGAGCAGGUUGGUGUCCGGAUUUUUACAAAAAGGUCUCCUGAAGAAAACACACAGAAUGGCUUCUGUCCAGAAAAAAUUGUGAGCUAUCUGUGCAAGUACCAUAAGGCUUUGCUCAUUUUCUUAGAACAUUUAGUCCUGGAGAAGAUGUUACAGAAGGAGAAGUACCACACGCAUUUAGCUGUGCUCUAUGUAGAAGAGGUCCAGCACCUUAAGGCAAUGGACUCCCCAGAUUUAGAACAAAUCGAAAUGCAACGAGGUAGACUUCAGGAGCUUCUGAGGCAGUCAGACCUCUAUAGAGUUCUCCUUCUUAUAGAUAAAAUCAAAGGGACAGAUCUAGACAUGGAACGAGCUAUAUUACAUGGAAAGCUGGAGGAACAUGGUCAGGCAUUGGAUAUUCUAGUUCAUCAUCUAAAAAACUUUGCUGCUGCUGAGAACUACUGUGUAUGGAACUCUGAAGGGAGAAAUGCUCCGUACCGUCAACAUCUUUUCCAGCUUCUUUUGUCCUCCUACCUCACUCUUGCCUCUCAUGACAAUUCUUUUCUUGUGGCUGCUGUGGAUUUAUUAAAUAACCACCCUGCAGAAUUUGAUGCAGUUAAUGCUCUGCGCUUGUUGCCAGAAAACUGGUCAGUGCAGCUUCUCUCCUCUUUCUUAGCCGGAGCUAUGAGGGAACAUGUCCAUGCACUCAGAAUGUCACAGAUAGCAAUAUGCUUGGCAAAAGCAGAAAAUGUGAUUUACAAGCAAGAGAAGUUGAACCUAAGAGAAAAACCUAUUGUUCUCACUGAUAAGAAAUACUGCAGUGUGUGCCGGAAUCCUUUCCAGGAGCCAGUCUUUGUAAGGUACCCCAGCGGCCAAAUCGUCCAUACACACUGUGCAACAAAAUCCCAUGUGAACAGUAGUAUUGGCGCCCAUCCAAAGUCUAACAAGCAAACUUGAAUCGGUAGUCUCAGAGGUUCCUGUAAAAUCAAUCUUUCUUUGCUGGACAUACAUGAAUCAGAAGUUUUGUCUACAGGAGAUGAUGAGUGGCUUUAGCACUAAGUAAUCCGGAAUAAGUAAAUUAUUCUGCAUAGGAUGUAAGGGAUCAUAGAUGCCUUCAUGCAUUUAUAAAGUCAGCACAAAGCCCUUUAGCAACGAUAAGCAACUUCUACAAAAGUUGGAAACUUGAAAGCAUCCAAAAAUAACUUUUUUUUUUUCUUUGCACAUUUUUUUUAAAAGAUAUUUGCACUGAAGAUAUUUUGCAUACGAUGCGAUAAGCAUUGUGGAUUAACAUGAAGAAUAGGCCAACUGUCUUGCACAGGUGAUGUUUUACUGCAAACAGAAAUAUGGCUGUGGGAUUUAAAUCAUGGAUCAUAAACAGUUUAUAGCUGUUUUUUCGAAAUGCACUUGUCCAUUGCUCUCGCAGGUGAUUAACGCUUGAUCAUCAAUACAAUUACACACCAGUAAGGUGAGAUGGUUUUGACUAUUGCAUUAAUGACUUGGCUUCUGAACUUGAUUGCUGUUUUUGUAAAUUGGAUAAAGCAGACGUUGGAACAUUUAAAGCUUUCAGAAAACAUAUCCUUCCCGUUUCUCCUCAUGUUAUUGUGGAAAAUGGAGGGGUAUUUCCCUUUAUCUGUUCACUGGGCACCCACUUCUAGUCACCCCCAAAUGAUAACAUUUCUGAACUCGUUUUUAAAUGAUACACUCCUUCUCCAAAGCACUUAUUUCAGUACUGGUGCAGAUCCUUGAUGAGUUAGAACCACAGAAGCACACAGUAGGCUACUUGUGUGAGUGGGUUUUAACCAUUAUUUUACUCCCUAUCACUUGGAGCUUAGUGCUUUGGGGCAUGUAACCGUGCUUCAUUAGCUUUAAUCUUUAGGACUUCAGUCUAGAGGAAAAUAAAAUAGCAGGCUGCAGGUGGCCAUAGAAGCAAAGAUAUUAUCAUACAAAACUUCAUUAUUCUGUGUGUGUAUGGCAGGAAAUGAGCCAACUGCUAUCGGCAGAAAGAUAUCGGUCAGCUAGGACAGAACAUUUUGAUCACAGUGGUUGCAGGAAAGAUCAUAAUUGUUACGCCGAUGGCCACCUUUAGUCUUGUCAACGCCAUGUGUACUAGUACGGUGCAACAACCCCUUUAUUUGGCUAAUUCCAUCUAUAUCAGAAGCGUUUACAACAGAUUGCAUUUGUUUGUCAGUGAAACUGUUCCUAACAAUUUAUCAUCUGUGGUCAUUGUUUUGAGAUUUCUUUGCAACAAUGGUGCUCCAGUGUGGCCAGUCCAUCCCAGUGGUGUGAUGCACCUGUCCAUUGUUACACGGUGGGAGCUUUUACGGUUCGUGCUGCAUGUUUACAAAGUGUACAGAACUGUAUGUACCUGAAGGAACACACAUUUUCCUUUCUUUGCAAUGUUGUAUUAUUCAAGACUACUGUGCCUCUGAAUAAAAAAAAAAGUUUACUCAGUAUUUGAUACUGCAUGCAGUGCCACAGAAUGAAAUCGAGAAAUACUGUCUUGGCUUUUUCAAGGGCGUGGGGGAAAAAAAAAAAUUGUUGAAAAGAUUAAACAUAAUUUCUAUUUAUAUCGAAAUAUUCAGAAAGUGAGCUUUUAAGACACAUCUUAAAUUUUCAUGUGUAUCUCUCUGCCACACUCCUGUUUUGUUCUUUCACUUGUUCUUCAAAGCUGAAUUUAUUUUCUUCAAGGGAGUAGAAAAGGUCUACAUAUCAAGCGAGAUUACUGAGGCCUCCCUUGCUUAUCACAGUUUAUAUGGCCUCACCCAAGUGAAAGGUGACUAUUUCAAUUACAGUUAGGGGUACAGAUGCUCACAAGCAUAACAAUUAUAAAUGUUUCUUAUAAAUGUUUCUACAUUGCCUCUAUAGAAACAAACAUCAUUACCAGAACAACUGGAAUGUAGUAGUUUUCUAAAUAAAAUACAAAGUGUGUAUUACUAUAACUCAUGACUCAGGAGUCUUUUGAGUACAGAGAAAGAGAAGUCUGGCGGCUUAGACGGACUGUGUAUAGACAUGUUGUAACUGUUGACUGAAACACCCCAAUAAGGUAGACAAUUUUUCCAUGGUGGGUGAAGAUGUACUCAACAUCAGUGUGUAAUUUUUCUAAAAAUAUGCUCUGCCCCCGUUCUAUUAUAUUAUUACACUUCAUUGGUUUGUUUUUUUUUCCAUGUAUGUAAAUAUUCUUUUUGUCACCGUGGAUGAGAUCUAUUCCAGUGGUAAGGUAACAUAGAAAAUAGAUAUUCUGUCCAUAAUCUGUUAAAAUAAAUAUCUGUAAAAAAAAAAAAAAAAAGCUAUAAAUUCUCAGUACCAGUCUCAGGAAUUUUUAUGUGCUUUCUGCUGGGUCACAUUAAGCAAACCAAAACCAAUGUAA